GCAGUGUGGCUUCCAGGGCUCCUCUCUGCAUCCUCCCCCACCUUCCCAGCAACAUGCAUCUCGCACGUCUGGUCAGCUCCUGCUCCCUCCUUCUGCUAUUGGGGGCCCUGCCUGGAUGGGCGGCCAGCGAUGACCCCAUUGAGAAGGUUAUUGAAGGGAUCAACCGAGGGCUGAGCAAUGCAGAGAGAGAGGUGGGCAAGGCCCUGGAAGGCAUUAACAAUGGAAUCACGCACGCUGGAAGGGAAGUGGAGAAGGUUUUCAACGGACUUAGCAACAUGGGGAGCCAGGCCGGCAAGGAGUUGGACAAAGGCGUCCAGGGGCUCAACCACGGCAUGGACAAGGCUGGAAGGGAGGCGGGGCAGUUUGGCCACGACAUUCACUACGCAGCAGGGCAGGCUGGGAAAGAGGGAGACAUGGCAAUCCAUGGUGUCCAACCUGGGGUCAACCAGGCCGGGAAGGAGGCAGGGCAGUUUGGCCAGGGAGUUCAUCAUACCCUUGAACAGGCCGGAAGGGAAGCAGACAAAGCCGUCCAGGGGUUCCACACUGGGGUCAACCAGGCCGGGAAGGAAGCAGAGAAACUUGGCCAAGGGGUCAACCAUGCUGCUGACCAGGCCAGAAAGGAAGUGGAGAAGCUUGGCCAAGGUGCCCACCAUGCUGCUGGCCAGGCCGGGAAGGAACAGCAGAAUGUUCAUAAUGGGGUCAACCAAGCCAGCAAGGAGCAGCUGCUGAAUGGCAGCCAUCACGGCGGAUCUUCCGGCCAUCAAGGAGGGGCCGCAACCACGCCGUUAGCCUCUGGGGCCUCGGUCAACACGCCUUUCAUCAACCUUCCCGCUCUGUGGAGGGGCAUCGCCGACAUCAUGCCCUAAACUGACACCCCACCUUCCUGGGAGACUAAUGCUGCCGUUGUCACAUCAGCUGACAUGACCUGGAGGGGCUUGGGGUGGGGGGCAGGUUUCUGGAGUCCCUGAAGGGGGUCCUUCUGGGAUUUGUGAAUAAACUCGAUAACACUA